CUUCCUUUCUUGUAUAGUCUCAAAUCGUUAUGUGUUAGCUGGCAGCCCACAAAUGUAUUAUUUAGCAACGUUAUCUUUACUAGUUAUCAAUGUUGCAUUUCCAGAGUCUGAUGUCGUAUUACCAGAAUUUAAAGGGAACAGUUUGUCAUUAAUUCUGACAGUUAACAAACAGGAGCCGAGGGAAGGAGAAAGUGUGGAAUUCAAAUGCGCGAUACGCGAAGCAUUCAGCCAAAGUCACCCGAAGAUGAUGACUACGUUCUGGUUAAGCAAGGAUGGAAUUGUACACCAGUACAAGACAGAACAUAGGGGAGCCACACCCGUAUUUGCUAUCGACUUUAUUCAGAAAGCAGAUUCUGGUUUUUAUACGUGCAUUUACAAUACGACAAACGAUAACAAAGAAGAGAGACGCGUCGAAAGUGAACCCAUAAAAUUGACAGUAAAAGAUUCCGAGUAUUCCAUAAAUCUGAGUCUGGACACUCCGAUUGCACCAUUAUUGGCAAAAGUGGAAUUUAAAUGCAUGCUACGUAAUUAUAAACAGCAGCUGAAAAAACAGAACCUGAACGUCUAUCUUUUCCAGAAUACAACUGCAGUUGAUUCACGGCCAUUUUCUUCAAGUCUCCCAGCAGUCUCAUUUGCUUUGUUAAACUUGAGCCUUAGCCACACUGGAAGCUACAUUUGUGGACUUGGAGCAAACCAAAGUUUUCUUUCCAGCCUGAAACGCAGUGCUGCAGUUCAACUUCUUGUGACUGUUUCACAGGUUGCUCCCAGCCCAGCUUCAUCUGAAGAUACAAAUGAAAAAUAUGAUUCUCCACAGAAACUAGUCAUUUUCCUAGCAGCAGGAGCUGGAUCUGCAGUUGUUUUACUUAUACUAUUAAGUGUGGCUCUUCUGAAGCAUUUUCAUCCUGAAAAAGGUUCUAAAAUGAAUGCAGAACAUGUAUAUGAAAGCAUGGUGGACAUCAGACAAGAAACGCCUUGAUUUGAAAGCGAAAUCAAGGAUAAUAUUUCUCUACCCCACCAAAUGAUUUUGUCUACUCAAGCUGAAAGUGGUCACUGACAGUUUUUUCAACCGGUCUAAAUCUUCUUGGAAUUAUUCCUGCAUAAGAUUAAGUGCCAUCCUCAAACCAGCCGACAGAGUGUGACAAUGAAGUGAAGAAGAAUGAUCAUCACAAAUUGACACCAGUGUGGAACAACUUCAAUCAAGAUUUUGGUGUAUUUUAUCAUAUUAAAAUCUUAAUUAUUCACACAUAUUUCUUAUUGUUUUAUCAUUUUGCAGUGAUGCUGGAGACAGUUACCCAGGGAAUGUAAGAGGUUUAUUUUUCUGUAUUCUUUUUCUUUAUCCCCGUUUUAUGUAAUUUCAUUAAAAAAAAAAAUCUGGGAUAUUUCUACAUUUUUGUGUUGUUUAGUGUUUUAAGUAACCUUGUAGGAUUUACAGCCAAAGUCUUGUGAAGAGUAUAUAACAAAAACAAAAUAAUAGAAUUAAGUUGAACUGUGCUUUACACAUUCUGUAAAUACAUCGUGAAUUGUGAAACUGAUUGAGUUACUUUUACAGUGUACGUAGUCUCCAACAAUCUAUGUAUCUAUCGAUGCAUAGUCUUAACCUCUAUAGUCUAGGACAGAGUAGCAGGGUCCCAAACCCUGUUUUGACAGCAAUAGGAUUAAAGCAGGAUACAAUCCAGUAGCAUAGUCCAUGUCUGGACACAUUGAUGUACACUGCAUAUCAUGUAACGCUCAGU